ACACAUGAUGGAUUUUCUCAGCUCGUUUCGUUUUAUGCGUUUGUUUGAAUUAUUUUCUUGAGUGUGUCUCAUGAACAGUCAGGACUAGCAGUAGCAGAAAGAAGUCGAUAAUAGGUACAGCUGAAGUCAAGUGAGGAUUUGGGCUGAAAAGUGUUGGACGACCAAGCUGCCCUUAUGAUUUGCAGGGACACUUUCCUCGACGUGUGUAUUCGAAAUGCCUCGUGAAAUUAUUUCGCUACAUUUGGGCCAAUGUGGUAACCAAAUUGGCUUGGAAUUCUGGAAGCAGCUCAUCAAGGAGCAUGGCAUUAGUCCGGAAGGCAUUCUGGAAGACUACGCUACAGACGGGACGGAUCGAAAGGAUGUGUUUUUCUACCAAGCAGAUGACAAUCAUUACGUUCCUCGAGCAAUUUUGAUGGAUUUGGAGCCUCGUGUGGUCAGCAGUAUACAGUCGUCGCAGCACUCCAAGCUGUUUAAUCCGGAGAAUAUCUUUGUGUCGGAGCAUGGCGGAGGAGCCGGCAACAACUGGGCACGGGGAUUCAUCCAGGGCGAGGCUGUAUCGGAGAAAGUGUUCGAUAUAAUUGACAGGGAAGCCGACGGGAGCGACAGUCUUGAGGGGUUUGUUUUGUGCCAUAGCAUAUCGGGCGGAACUGGCUCCGGCAUGGGUAGUUUCAUCCUGGAGCAUUUAUCCGAUCGAUUUCCUAAGAAGCUUGUGCAGACCUACAGCGUCUUCCCUAACUUGAACGAGCAAGGCGACGUGGUUGUUCAGCCGUAUAACUCGCUGCUAACGCUGAGACGGCUGACGCAGAACGCCGACUCAGUAGUCGUUCUCGACAACACUGGCCUGAGCCGCAUCGCGCAGGAGCGUCAGGGCAUCGCCAACCCGACCAUCUCUGACUGGAACAAGCUGGUGUCCACGGUGAUGUCAACCAGCACUGCAACACUGCGUUACCCUGGUUACAUGAACAACGACCUGGUCGGGCUGGUCGCGUCGCUGGUGCCUACGCCGCGUCUUCACUUCCUGAUGACGGGCUACACGCCGCUCACCAACUCUGAGCAGACGACGUCGCGCGUGCAGAAGACCUCCGUCCUGGACGUGAUGCGGCGCCUUCUACAGCCCAAGAACAUGAUGGUGUCGCCGCCGCGCCAUGGUAUUGGCGCGCUACAGCACUGCUACAUCUCCAUCCUGAACAUCAUACAGGGCGACGUGGAUCCCACGCAGGUGCACAAGAGCUUGCAGCGCAUACGCGAGCGCAAGGUGGCCACCUUCAUCCCGUGGGGCCCGGCCAGCAUCCAGGUGGCGCUGUCGGGUCGCUCGCCGUACGUGCAGACCGCGCACCGCGUCUCCGGCCUCAUGCUGGCAAACCACACCAGUAUAGCGUCACUGUUUGCCAAGACUCUACAGGACUACGACAAACUACGCAAGCGCAGCGCGUACCUGCACGAGUUCCGCAACGAGUCCAUCUUCAAGGACGACCUCAGCGAGAUGGACGAGUCGCGAGAAGUCGUCCAGGAGCUAGUCGAGGAGUACUGCGCCUCCACCAAGGAAGACUAUUUGACGUGGGGGGAGAAGGGUGGCGGCUCAUCUGCUACCGCAACCGCACACACCAGUGCAUCCUCGGGUUCAGCCGCCGCUGCAAGUGCUGCUGCUGCCGCCGUUUAACUCUUGUUAACGUAUUGUGCUGCCUCUGCGGCGCACGUUUUCCGGCUUCCAUGUUUGAUAAUGUACAAAUAUAAUAAUUAUAUCGACAUAUAAUACACGCUCGACGCGACACGUGUUCGAAAGAUCUGCUUCAAAAAUUCAAAAACCACUCAAGUCAUGUAAUUACUUCAGAGAACACGCUUUUCAUUAGUACUAUACUGUUUUGUGUUCUAGUUUCCACCUGUUAUAAGUCCUGCUUGAAGACAUUGAUUUGUCAUUCAGUGCAAUGUAUCAGCGUGAGCUUUGCUGAAUUUUUUUACGCAUUCAAACGAUUCACAAAACUAGCAAGACACUCAUCGUUGGAUUUUUUUGGCAAAUUAGGUUGACCCUUUUCUUUUCCUUUUUUCUUGAAAUAAAUAUUUUUAGGACUGCUCUGUUUUAGCUUCAUUCUGAUCUGCACCAGGGACUAGUAAAAAUGCCGGUAUUUUACUACUCCUCAGUCUGUACAUAAAUGUAUGGCGACAUUUCCCGUGACUGUCACCCAACUGGUACGGUACCCUGCCGAUUUCUUUGUA